AUGCGAUUCCGAACAGAGCUCAAGAACAUCCGCACCUUUGCCAAGCUCACCGCGGCGCUCUCCUCGCUCGAGAAGAUUGCGUGGGUGCGCCUCAGCGAUGACACGGCGCGCUUCACCGUCAUCCCCGACAUGGGAUCUCAAGUCUGGGCGUCGCUCGCCAUGGACUUCAUCUUCGACAACUACCACAUUCAGUCGGCCGAGGCUUCCAACACAAUCAACCUCGAGUUGCCUCUUCAGCCGCUCCAGCGCGCCCUCAAGUCCGCCCUCAAUAGCAUCUCCGCCUCGCUCCGCCUCACCAAAAAAGACGGCCUGCCCAUCCUUUCCAUGACCAUCACCACCACCACUUCGAGCGGCUCCGCUGCCGCCGCCAAGCCCUCUGCCGACGACCCAUUUGGCGACGACGACUUUUUCCAGCCAGAGCACCUUGAGACGUCGUUGAGAAGAGAGCACGAAAAGAUCAUCACCCAGGAUAUUCCCGUCCGCGUCCUCCAUCCGGAAACCGUCGAGACCAUCAUGCAGCCCAAGGUUCGCGAGCCGGAUGUCCAUAUUCAGCUUCCUCCGUUGCUUCAGCUCAAGGCCAUCUCGGACCGCUUCACCAAGCUGGCCCUCGCCUCCUCCAACGCCAACAAGUCGCCAAAACUCGAGCUCAGCGCCAACAUGCACGGCAGCCUGCGCCUGCGCAUCGCAACCGACACCACCGACAUCUGCAGCGUCUGGUCAGACCUCGAGAACCCGGAACUCGACCCCGCCCAGCUCGACAGGCCCGUCGAGCAGCACCCCAGCACCAAGUUUCGCGACGGCGGGCCUGAGCGCUGGGCCACGGUCCACGUCGACGGUAAGGACUGGAGCCGAGUGCUGAGCGUCGGCCGCCUCGAGGGCAGGGUCAUUGCUUGCUUUGCAGAUGGCCACGCCCUCAUCCUCUACGUUUACGUCCCCCAUUACGACGAUGCAUCGGCCGAAGACUCGGUCGUCACGUACUAUGUUCAGUCCUACAGCGUAUGA